AUGACGCAGGAGGAAGGCGGGGAAGGUACAACGGGUGUGGAGGGGCCGGCGGUCCCUGCGUUCAGCGUCUGUCAGAGAGUCCAUGUCUUGGGAGAUCCCCGGAGAACGGGCACAGUCCGGUACGUAGGCCCCGUCGAUGGCUACGACGGGAGUUGGAUCGGCGUCGACUGGGACGAUGGGGGAGGGAAGCACGACGGUGUUGUCAACGGCGUGCGCUACUUCUCCGCCAAGGGGCAGAUGACUGGCUCUUUGGUCCGGCCGAGAAAUCUUAGUGCUGGGAUUACGUUGAUGGGGGCCCUGCGUCUCCGAUACCGAGGUGAAUCUACCAAGGAGGAGGAGGGUAAGUUUCCGAAGUGGACGAUUCUUCUCUUCGUAUUUCCUCGAAAAAAUUUAGUUUCCAUGGCUCUUGAUUUGCCAUGCAUUUUUUCUUCUAUGUUUGGAGGCGUAUAAUACAUUUCAGUGGUUAGGUGUUUACCAUUACUUGUCCUCAUAAUCAAGCCUGAUCUACACUUAUUUGCAUCAAACGCAACUUGCGGUGUUUGCUAUGCUAUUUCUGUUUUUAUGUUUGAUGCUAAAUUGCGUUGUUGACUAAAUGUCUUCGUUGGAAUUGCUGUAGACGAAAUGUACGUCUUGUCAACAAGAAGCAAACGAGUAUCGAUCCAACUUGUGGGGGAGAAUGUAGUCCGGGAAAAAUUAAGCAGACUUGAAGAGCUGCUUAGUGCAUCACUAUCUUUUCUGGGAGUCAGCUCCGUUGGACACUCACACGAGAUCUACUCUUCAGUACCAAGUAUAGCUCCUCACGGCCAUAAGAUAUAUUAUAGAUAUAAAUUGUUCGAUAACAUCAUUUUCUUGAUGAUUCUGAGUACGGUUAAAAAUAUUAAUGUCAAACAGCUACAUUUGUCGGUUUUGCGAGCUAAACAUUACGUUGUAUAUAGUGACGGGAUUGUAUUCAGAAAUAUUUAGUUUAUGCCUUUUUCAAACACUUCGUGAUAUAUAUACAUGUAUUACAUUGAAUUUUUUUUAUCGUGUAAUCUGUUUUAGAAGACCUAAUAUCUUCAUGUAUUCAGAAAUAUUUAGUUUAUGCCUUUUUCAAAAACACUUCGUGAUAUAUAUACAUGUAUUACAUUGAUUUUUUUUAAUCGUGUAAUCUGUUUUAGAAGAUCUAAUAUCUUCAUUGUACAAAAAUGGACGAAAAAACUGCACGGGGAAGUGUUUAGGAUGUUCGAUUGUCUAAAAUAUGUGACGGCACUUGAGUAAUUAUUGGAGAUACCAAACUUCUAUUGUAAUUGAUCUUACUUCUCUUUUGCUGCAGAUUUGAAGGAGCUUGAUCUGACAGGAAACCUACUUUCCAGUUGGCAGGUACGCUCAAGCUGGAUCACUCUUAUUCUAUGCCUUAUUAUAGCAUUAAAUAAGUUUUUGAAAAGAAAAAUACAGAGGAUUUCUAGAAUUUUAUUUCUAUUUCGUAUUAAAAGGAACUGAUUUCAUUUUCAUUACAACCGGUUAAUUUAUGCAGUAGCAAUGACGAAAGGGAUAAGUUGCUCUUUCUACUAAUAUUUGAUUGUUUUUUUCUAUUGAAAUAUGACCUGAUUAUUUUCCCAUCUGUUUAUCAGUGAUGAAGAGUAUUAUGUAGUGUAUGAAAGGUAUCCUCAUCUUGGGGUUUAUGUUGUUUUGUUGCAGGAUGUUGGUUCUAUUUGUGAAGCUCUUCCAGCUCUUGAAAUUCUCAAUCUAACAAACAAUUUUCUGGAGCGUGAUACCAUCACGUUCAUCCCGUCAAAAGGACUUCGUGUCUUGGUUCUUAAUAACUGCGGGAUAACGUGGGAACAGGUGUUAACUUGCACUUGGGGGUAUUCAUCUUUUUUUGAUACUUUUUCCAUAUUUCUUUGAAAUUAAUUAUCUAUCCUUACUAAUGUCAAGUAGGUAGAAACUCUCAAACUGUCACUUUCAGAAGUUGAGGAGCUUCAUCUAAUGCGAAACGAAUUGAAGAUAUCCACACGUUCUUAUGUCCAAGGAUUUGAUUCGCUGAAAAUCUUGAAUUUGGAAGAUAAUUGCAUUGACACAUGGGAUGAGGUUUUGAAGCUUUCUCAUCUUAAAUGGUAUGAAAAACAAUGACAUCAUCCUCUGCUCUACAUCUUGAUUUCUCACAUUUUGGUAUUCAUUACUGAAGACUUAUCAUCCUCGACUACUGCAUAUCUUGUUUCGCUUAUAUAUUGAGUAUGAACAUUUAUUACUUUCUUUGUUCAGCUUGGAACAGCUACAUUUAAACAAGAACAAGUUGAAGGACGUAUUUUACCCCCCAGGGCCAGACCCGCAGAAUGAUCAUGAUGGCCAUGAAUGUAGUACACCCUUUGAGAAUUUGCGUUGCCUUCUUCUAGGUAUUUUCUUCGUUUAGGUAAAAAAAAUAAAUCUCAGAUGCUGUUCUCUAACCAUUUGGUGCAAACCAAUUUCAGGAUGCAAUGAAAUUGAAGAUCUGGCUUCCAUUGAUUCACUGAACCUUUUUCCUAACUUAAUGGUAAACUUGUUUUUCAACUAUUCACCGAGUUGUUCCUCUGUACAUGAUAUAGUUUCUGUACAAAUGGGUUAAGAGAGUUUUGUAUUUGUUACGUCAUUUAAAUAGGGGAAGCACAUAAUAGAGGAUACCUUUUUUACGUCUAGAUUUUGGGAAUAUAUCCAAAUGGCUUAUAGACAGCGGUAGACAUCUUUUUUGGGGAAUAUGAUAGUUCAAAAUGACAUAAAUAAGGCAUUAAUGAAAAUAAAAGGUGACUGAGGGAUCAAAUUGAGGUGAAGGCACUUUGCCUUGUGUUUUUAAGUGUGGAAUUGAAAAUGAAAAGUCGUACGGAGAGAUUUCCUGUUUCCGAAUGUCAAAAGAAGUCUAGCCCUUGCCACCAGCUUAACCUCUUCUUGAAAACGGCAUCAAUAAUCAUUGUUUAUGUAUGAGAAUUUUUAGCCAUAAAUUAUGCCAGUUGGUAUUAUUACACAGCUAUAGCAGGGAUUAUUGUCUGUUGACUAUGAAAAAUGAGUAAAGUAAUAUGUUGGUGGCUUAGAUUCAUCCAUGAUAAUGUAUUUUGGUGUUAUUAAUAUAUUGGGAAGACUGGCAGAACUGAUGAUGGCAAUUACAUAGAAAAACUCACUGUAAUGUGCGGACAUAAUUCGUAGACAAUGUUUAGAACGUAAGAUCAUUGUUUUCCUAUUGAAAUGGUGGCGUGAAAGAAAGGGAAAAGGAUAACACGGAAAGGGGGAUGGAUGCUAUCUUUUGAACUUUUCUUGUCAGUCAUUUCUCUUUUUAAGAAAAUUUUGCUUCUUAGGACUUUUCAACUGCACUUGGUUGUGUGGAGAGCCUAUCACUGUAUAUCUUGGCAGAGGACUAUUUCUAGUUUCAGGCCUGAUGAAAUACUGCAUGAGUUUGGUCGUCGGCUGAAGCCUGUAGAAAUACUGCGCCAUAUAUGGUUUAUAUGACCAGUCAGUUACGAACAGAGGAGCUAAGGUGGAGAGAAAUGAAAAUGUUUGUUAGGUUGGUUUAUACAAUUUCGUGAAACGUGGAAUUGGUAUAUUCUAAUACCAAUGAUCCUUUCCUGGUCUAAAUUUGUCAUCUCAAAGUAGGUGACGCAUUUUUUUAAGACGAAGGAAUUGGAAGUCCACAUCUAAAGGGGAAAUUCUGAUCUGCUGAACCUAUUGAUUAGAAAUAUCGAAGGCAAACAGUGAGGACCAGUUAAUUCUUCGUUGCUGAAACCUGUGAUGAAAUCCAUCGUCCCAACAUGGUCAUUUAUCACGUUGGAAACUGAAGGCUAGGGAUGGGGUACUGAUUGAACUUCACAAUUCUGGCCCCUUCACAAUUAUCACUUAUUGCCUUUAAUUUAUCGCGAAUCAAUCUGAACUAGCGUUUGACAGAAAAGACAGGUUGAUAUCCUGACCUUUUAAUCUACUUUGAUGAUGACUAAAAUGAGUUCGACAGGAACUUCAAAGGAAGCCUAUAAAUUUGAUCUUUCAAAGAGAGAUGAACCAAUCUAUGCCUCAGUUUUCCACAUCCUUUUUCCAGAAGUUAAAUAGAGAACAGAUGUCUCAAACAUGAUUCUUCAUGCUGGUGCAACUCUCUUUCCUUUUUGUCAGUUGCUAAGUGUACCUUCAUUAUCUCUGUCAUCCAUUUUUUCAUAUAUGCUAUUUUGUUACUUGCGUCUUCUGUGCCAUUGGAUUUUAAUCAUUAAAAUGGAAUAUGGAUCUAAAGGACAUCAGGCUUUCUGGAAAUCCUGUGGCUGAUCCAGCAAGAGGUGGUCUACCACGUUUUAUUUUAAUUGCGCGUUUAUCAAAGGUUCAAAUGCUAAAUGGUAGUGAGGUAGUUUCUGAACCUGUUUUGUGAAAAUUUUCAGUGUUAUAUUUAUGAAGAUAUAUCUUGUAAUUUACAUGGACUCUUGGCCAUGUUUAGGUAACAUCUCGUGAAAGGAGGGAGUCUGAAAUCCGGUACGUCUGAUUUCUGUCAGUAUGUUGGUUUCUUCACUGCACAUCUGUUUCUUUUAGGUUUAUCAUUUUCCUUACUCCGCUCGCGGAAGCUAUCUUGAUUCCCUGUCAUAAAAUGAGAGAUGGAUCCUGGAAGUUAUUAAGUCAUCAUCGUACUCAUUUUAAACAUAAAUUAGGCAGACCUAGCCGAGCUCAAAAAUUUAAUGUGGCUUAUUAUAACAUUUUUUCUUCUAAUAUUGUGCACAAUAUUGCAUCGAAAGUGACACCUUUUUUGGUGAUAUUAAGUCAAAGGCAAAGGUAUGAGACGACAGCAGGAGUUUCAUCUUGAGGGAUUCUCGAGCACUUGGAAGACAUUGGAGUGGAAAAGUAGAUUAAGAAAAGGGAGUGUCUUAAUCGGCUCUUAUUUGCGAGAUUUCAGAAGAAGCAAGCUAAUUUUAAGUUAGAAUUCGGACUCAACCUUCGGAAAUUAGAUUCCUGAUCCUGCACUGAAACAAUGAUGUUUGUUGAAAUUGUGAGUUAAAUUUCUAAAAUAUCAAGUUUUUCUGCUGUGUUGUUUAAAAUAAUAUAGAUGAUGUUUGGACACGCUGCCCUUUGGAUUUAAGCUGGCUAGGUUUUAAUGAACUUCCAAUCGGUUCUUGAUCAAUAACAAAGAUUGGCCAAUAUUUAUAUGCUGCUUCCAUAAGUAACCAUGUUUAUGUACUAGUCUUAUAACAUGAGUCGACCCUGAUUAGUCAGAAUAUACCUGCUAACGUUGGACACUUGUUUGAAUGUUGGUUAAUUCACAUGUUCAUGGUUUUGGCGUAAUUUAAUGUACCAGUUAAAACUGAUAUGCUUUAGUAAAGGGAUCUCAGGAAGCUUCAGAAAAUGGAGAACCAAGAUAGUGCAUAAGUCAAGCACAUCUGGGUCAAUGGUAACUGUUGGAAAUGUAGAAAACCUCUGUCACAGAGGACAGAGGGGAGAACAGCAGAAACCGCCUCAAGAUUCAUUCACCUCUAACCCCCACUAUAUGGGAAGGAACCUUACACAAUUUUGCAAAACACCCUCAGUUUUUUACAUAAUUUUCUUACGACCUAGAAUGUCCGACAGUAACGAAACAAUGCGUCCCUGAGAAACAGCUUUUGAUUAGCUUGAUUUGAACUCUCUACAGGUCAAUCUUAAAAUUCGUCCUAUAAUAAAAAAUGGCAUUACAUAGAUUAAAAUUAAUUUUUGUAAAAGGAUAAACACAUUUAACCUUCAUCUUUUCAGGGGCUACCCCAUUUCUGUUGGACUCGCACAUCUUAGCUUAAAACUAAUUCUUAUUAAAGGAAAAACCCAUUUAAGCUUCGUCAUUUUAGGGCAUCCCUCAUUUCUGAUGGGGGACCCACAUUUUCUACGUUUGAGGAAUACCAUCCAUGACUUCCUUGAAGAGUCUGAAUACAACAGUCUGUAGCAGAAUAUCAGUCCCUAUAUUAGUGGCCUCUUCCUCCAGGGGUUAACGCUUCUGUAUCCACCUCUCUCGUAAAUGGGUAAAUAGAACUGCUUCUAUGAACAGUUCAACAAAAUCUGUGCUCUUUUCAACAACAUGGUGUGAGGGCAAGUACCGAACCCUUCUAGAAUUUGCAAUAGAAAACAUACAAAGCCAAGGAAAAAGAGUCAUCUUGUACAGGUUGUUCCAUUGUUGAGUGUAACAACUUAAGAAAACAAUUUUACCUUCUCUCAAACAUUUUGGUAGUUAUUGUAAUAGCUUUCCCUGUCAAUCAAAUAUUUUGUGUGCUUCGAAUUGACAGAGUUAUUUUACAGGUACGUCCGUCUUGUUAUGGUAAAGUUACAGUCCGAUGGCCCAGAGGAAAUUAAGAGGGUACAUCCAAGGUACUUCAGAAAAAUGUUUGUCUUCGUUUAGGUACCAAAUUAUUCAUGUGAAAUUACAUUUUGCUGAAGUAUAUGUUGAUCAAAGAAGGUAUUAAUUUCCACAGGAAGAUUAUAUAUAUAAAUAUAUCCAAGCAGCCGGCCCGAUCGAUCUUGUAAGAUCGGCGAAUGAUUAGGUUGAGAUGGUCCGAAGUUGAUAUAUAUAUAUAUAUCAGAUCAUAAGGAUAAUUGCAUGCACGAAACCAGAUAAUGAUUGUUGAAUUCUUUCUUGUUGUGGCAGACUGAGUGAGAGUCCAUGCUUACCUGAUAUGUCUUUUGUCAGUCUUACCAUUUCUCUUCCAGAGGGAUUUCCGUUUUGUCAUUUUCUCACGUCUUUGGAAUUGAUAUCUUAGAAACUCGGUUUGCUACUCUCAAAAAGAUCAAGGAGUUCGUAAAACGUGAAUCUGAACCAGCUAUCUCCAUAUUCACUAAUGUAUCUUCUAAAUUCGCGGAGUUCCUUAAAUCUGAAACUCGGUUUGUUGAUUCUUUAUCAACAAAGUGGAAGAAUUCGAGUGCAGAGCAUUUGCAAAACAUUGGUUUUUUGGAUGAUUGAACCGAGUGCUUGAAUGUGUAAAAAUUUACAAAAGGAAGGAAAUGGAAUGGAAAUACAUACGAAUUAUUCGUCCAUUUUGUUGAGUUUUUUCGAACAAAGUUCAUCUUCAUUGUGCAUGAAUUUUGUAGCAAUGUUUGCUUCUUCACUUGCCAUGCUGGGUCUUCUAACUCGAAUGGCCGGUGACAUCUUCAUCUGAAGAAAUGCAGGGUCCUGGCCCCAUCCACACUAUGACUGACUUGUUAAGUUGGAAAAUUUACCCGAUCAAACAAGUCGACAAGCCAUUGAUCUGGAGAAUAGUUGUGCCGUCCAUUGUGCCAAAAGUCAAAGCUUAACUGUCACUUUAUUGUUCAUCUACUGUUCCAGGGCCAGCGCGCCUCAACCAUUCGACUUCUUUUGCAGAUUCGCGGAGCUCAAGAUACACCACGGAAUUGAGGAUGAAAAACCGUCUACUCAAAAUGCAGCCACCCAGAGCAUGGCUUCUGAACUUAUUUGUAUGGAAGUUCUUCAUCUUAGCGAGUAAACAUUUUGAUGGCUUUGCAUUGCACAUACACUCAGGCCUCCCAUUUUCUGCAGCUCUCACUCUGAAGUGUGUGGGAGCUUCAAUGGGAGAGAAACCACCUAUGACAAGAAAAUUGCCCCCCUCCACAACGGUAUGUCCCAAUAUGACUGCAGAAAAACUACAGUUUGUAUGAUCGUACGAUUCCUUUUGUCCCUAUGUUCUAGUUUUCAUCAACCUGAAAAUUCGAAUCAUGAAUAAAUGUGCUUGGUGUGAAAACCGUCUCUUUGAAACUGAGUGCUUGUCCGCAAUUUCUUUAGUUUAUAUAUUCUCCAUAAUUCGUCUUUCACUUUGGUGUUUUCCCAUGGUGUCAUCUUCAAUAUCAUUGUUUCCUUUCAUCCGGCCUUCUUUAUUGACUGAAAUGGAGUAAACAAUGAGAAAUCAACUGCUUCAAGUGGGUAGGUAGGACCUCUUUCUUAACAGGUUCUGUUCUUACAGUCUUCUGGGUGUUCUAUUCGCAUGCCCCCAGAAAACGAGCCGAGUUUGAAUUUUCUGGUUCUCCCAUCUCUACUGUUGGAACUUAAGAAUAACUAAGCCCACAGAUAUUCCUGUUGAUCUGGGUCAUAGAAAUAAUUACUAUGUCCAGAGCUUCAGGGUUCAAGAAGAUACUGAUUGAUAACUUACAUGCCAAGCCUCCUAGGUUGUGUGUGUGUGUGGUACAUUUCUCCAUCUGAGUUCAAUAUUUGCACAAUUGUUCAGGUGGGCAAGCUAAAGGUUCUUUGUGAGAGCUUCUUCAAACUGAAGUUUAUCAAGCUUCGUUUAUUCCUUCAGGAGGAGGUAUCCAAAGUUCAUCGGAGAUUUCUUCCUCACUCAACAUAUCAUAUUUUCUGCACCGUCAAUGCAUGAAUUAAUGGCGGCAUCUCGGCUCUCCUGCUCAAGUCCUUGUAUUCUCUAUGCUUCAUCAUAGUCCACAUUCUGUUCAUCUGACCCAGAAGCUUUCUCUCAGGGUUCCCCGCUUCCUCUACUUCUUGAUGACGAUUCGGCCACCCUGAUGGAUUUUGGGAUCGGAACCGGCACAACCAUUCUCGUCGACGAGGAAAUGUCCUAG